CUGUUUUUAGGCCCAUGUGAAGUUCAUGGACGCCUAGUUUCAGUUGGAUGCAUUGUUAAAGGGGAUGAACACUUUCUUCAGGGACCUUUGUUUCCUAUGGUUUGAUAAUAAUGGGUUUCUUCUUUACAUAGAUUGGGAUAGUUGCAUGGAAAUAGUGUGUGUCUGUGUGUGUUUGGUAAAUUGAUGGAACAUCAAAGUGAGGAGGAUUGCUGGAAUGUGAAGAACUUCAGGAGAAUUGCGUUAUAAUUCGGUGUACUAGAGUAGUCUGAAUGGACCAUAUCAUUUGGCAUGGAUUGAUAUUUAGUUCAAUUGGAUUGCAUCAGAAUUGUCAAUAGAAUAUUAGAGUGUUAUUUUUUUAAGAUUUAUUGCAUUGAGGGUAUGUUAGAGUUUAUAACCCAACUUGAGUAUUAUGAAUGCAAUUCAGUUAAUUCCAUUGCUGUUUCUUAUUUCCCAGCUUGGUACUAGAGGCUUCAGAGCUUCAGGUUAGAUCCUUCUGCUGAGUGGUUGCUUGGCAUCCAGCUACUUCUCAGCAGAAACCAGCAAUUUGUGAAGAUUUUGCUGGAUUGGUGUGGUUUUGAUGGAGAAUAAUUCAAGGGGAGAUAUAAUGGAUCUUGAUUUAAACCUAGAGCCUUUAGACCCUCCUCAUGAUUCCAUGUUGGGAUUAGGAUCUUUAUUGACUGAAAUUGAAACUGCACAUGGACGGAUUGAAGAACGUAUCCGACAACUUGAAGCCGUUAAUUCCAGGGCUAGGCAGCGUCAGAGAUGGCGCCAAGGUCGAAUACCCCCUCAAACAACAACAAUAUCCACAGAACCCAUGCAGGUUAACUCAAUUGAGGGUAGAGUGCAAAAUGGUGAGUGUAGUGUCGCUGGCCAAGAAAGAACUGUUGAGAAUAGGGAGGGCUGUAAAAGGAAUGGAGCCUAUUUGGUAGCUAAGGCGUUGGGAAUGGGUACAAAUGCUAAUGGUGGGGCGUUAGAAAAGGGUACAAAUGCUAAUGGUGGGAGCUUUUUUGAUUGUAAUAUAUGCUUGGACAUGGCCAGAGAUCCUAUACUGACUUGUUGUGGUCACUUGUUUUGUUGGCCAUGCUUCUAUCAGUUGCCCAAUGUUCAUUCAAAUGCGAAGGAAUGCCCUGAAUGUAAUGGAGAGGUGAUAGAAACACACAUUACUCCAAUUUAUGGCCAUGGGAGCAAUAACCAUAAAGUGGCUACAGGGGAUUUAGGAGUGAAGGCCCCCCCUAGGCCUCAUGCACAUAGGAUUGAAAGUAUGAGGCAGCAACGUGUUGCCCGAGGCAUACCUUCAUUUCCAUCUGAGGAAACACUGCGGAUUAUUAGCAGCCGGAUUUCACGGCAACAGGCACGCACUACAACUGAGAGAAGCAAUGUCUUGCCCAGCCAAAAUUCUACUUCACAGGUACCACCCGGCUCUGAGGCUGAGCCCAGCCAAGGCCUCCGUUCUGUUCAGUUUUCAAGAUUAUUAUCACAAGGAACGGCUUCCUUUUCUUCCCUUUCAUCUGCAUUGAAUACUGCACUGAAUUCUGCGGAAAGAUUGGUUGAGGACCUUGAGGAGUAUAUUCAUAGCCACCUUACAAGAAGCCAUGCUUCAUCUGCUGUUAAUGAGAGAGAGACUCUUACAACCAUUGCAGCUGUUCUACAACUGGAAAGCCAAGCUCUCAGCACUGGUGUUAACACCACCGUGCCCCCUUCUUCUUCAUCCUCCAGAACUGAUGUGUCUGCCAUUGCUAUGCGCUCUGAAGACCAGGUAACAGAUUCUACCGAAAUCAAUAUAUCAGUGCCUCAUUCUUCAUCUUCUAGGAGAAGAAAUGAUGCUCCAGGAGCCUCAGAUAUGGAGACUGGAGAUACCCGUGAGCCUCGAAGGAGAAGGUUGAGAUGAUAAGUCUUUUCCAGAGGAAAAAGUUUGCUCGAGAUAAGCUCCCUCUGACUAGAAACUGCAAUCUAGUUGUUUUCCAAAUAAGAAACUAUAAUGAAAUCGAUGAAUUCAUCAGGAUGUUGAACCAUUUUCUGUAUUCCUUUGUCCAAUGAUCAGUCUUCUGCAGGGAGAACCUGUUCAUGCUUGCAUGGUGUCCUCCUUUCAGAAGGGUAGGACUGGUGUUGCAAGCUACUGCAACACAGCCCCCCCAUAUAUGCCUUUGUACAAUUCUACUGGUAUAUACAUGUUGAAUAGCUUUUUCAUAUUUCAGAUUAUCAUUUUGCACCA